ACACCCUCACAUACUCCCUCAAACACACACACACACACACACACACACACACACACACACACACAUACACAUACACACCAGAGCCUCUGCUGCAUCAAGAGGCAGAAGAGGAGAGUGGAGGAGGGUACUGAGGGACACACACAGACUGGGAAUACUCCAGUAGACAGAGCCAAUCCCGGAGAGGGACAGGAUUGUUGGGAGACUCAUGUGCUAAUAUGCUACCGUGCUCCGCAGGGGAAGCUGAGCACCAGGGAGUUUGACAGGAUCUCAGUGCACCUGCUCCAUGCUCACUGAUUAUGUGGAGGAGCUGACGUGUGCGAUGGCCAGCUUGGACCUGCAGGUUCUCACACACACAGUUCUGUGUUAUCAUUACCUCCCGACCAAGCAGCCCAGCCCGAGGAUCUGACCGCACCUCCCCUCCCUCUCCCCCCCUCCCUCAAUCCUGGGCCCACCAUGGGAGGAUGCUUCUCCAAACCCAAACCAGUUGAAGUUAAAGUGGAACUCUCUCUCCUGGAAAAAGAAAAAGAGGUGGAUGGGCUGUCACCUAAUGGUAAAGCGAGUCCUUUUGCUGACUGCAGACCGAAUGGGGCCCUGGGACACGGCUCUGAUGACGACUCCACCCCACUCCCCCCCUACCACAAACCACGGGACUAUGUGGAGGCCUCAGUCUGUCAUGUUAAAGACCUGGAAAAUGGACAGAUGCGAGAGGUUGACCUGGGAAGUGGCAGAGCUCUGUUGAUCAAAGAACACGGAGAGUUCUCAGCCAUGGGCCACAAGUGUCCACAUUAUGGAGCACCCCUGGUCAAAGGUGUGCUAUCAAAAGGACACGUGCGCUGUCCCUGGCAUGGCGCCUGUUUCAACAUUGCAACGGGAGACAUCGAGGACUUCCCUGGUCUGGACAGCCUGCCUACCUUCCAGGUCAGAGUUGAAAAGGACAAGGUGAUCAUUCGUGCAAACAAGCAGGCUCUUCAGUCACAGAAAAGGUCAAAGCCGAUGGCUCGAUGUUCAGCAGUCAUUAACUCCAGCACUGGCUUCAGCCACGUUCUCAUUAUUGGCUCAGGUCCGGCAGGUCUGGUGUGUGCAGAGACACUGAGGCAGGAGGGCUUCACCGAUCGCAUCGUCAUGUGCACCAUGGACAGACAUCCUCCCUAUGACAGGCCUAAACUGAGUAAGUCCCUAGACAGCACAGCAGAGCAGCUGAGAUUGCGCUCCAUGGACUUCCUGCAGGAACACGACAUUGAACUGCUCACAGAGAAAGAGGCUGUGGCAAUAGAUGUGAAAACACGAUCUGUGACCUUUGAAGAUGGCUUGAGGAUGGAGUACAGGAAACUCUUUAUUGCUACAGGAAGCAAACCCAAACCAAUGAACUACAAAGGCAAAGACGUCAGGAACGUGUUUCACCUCAGGACGCCUGAGGAUGCUAACAGCAUAGCGAGACUGGCAAACAACAAGAACGCUGUGAUUGUGGGAACAUCAUUUGUUGGUAUGGAGGUGGCUGCAGCUCUAACUGACAAGGCCCACUCAGUCUCCAUCAUCGGGAUUGAGUCUGUCCCCUUUAAAAAAGCUCUCGGGGAGAAAGUAGGGAAAGCCAUAAUGAAGCUGUUUGAGGCAAACAGGGUGAAGUUCUACAUGCUCAACGAGGUGUCAGAGAUGAUUGGCCAUCAUGGACAGCUCAAAGAGGUGGUACUGAAGAGUGGAAAAGUCCUGCGAGCAGAUGUGUGUGUCAUCGGCGCAGGAAGUGUUCCUGCAACAGGCUUCCUGAAACAGAGUGGCCUUCACAUGGACUCCAAGGGCUUCAUCACUGUCAACAAGAUGAUGCAGACAAAUGUUGAUGGGGUCUUUGCUGGAGGAGACGUGGUGAUGUUUCCUUUCCCACCACGGAACAACAAGAAGGUGAACAUCCCUCACUGGCAAAUGGCUCAUGUACACGGAAGGGUGGCGGCUCUCAGCAUGAUGGGCCGAGCCACUGAGAUCAAAACUGUGCCUUACUUCUGGUCAGCCAUGUUUGGGAAGACCAUACGCUAUGCAGGUUAUGGUGAUGGAUUUGAUGAUGUCAUUAUACAAGGAGAUCUGGAUGAACUGAGAUUUGUAGCAUUUUAUACCAGGAGUGAGGAGGUGGUCGCUGUUGCCAGCAUGAACUAUGAUCCCAUUGUAUCCCGAGUGGCAGAGGUCUUAGGGUCCGGAAAGACGAUUAAGAAACGAGACGUGGAGACUGGAGACAUUUCUUGGUUGAUUGACAAAGGCUCUCAAUGACCUCACAUCUGAAGGUUCCUAAAAGGACAGACCCACAAGUCCACUGGACACCUCAAUACGGACACUUAUGGUGCUGAGACACUGAGCAGCUAUCCCGGUCUGGACACACACUCUCUCUCUCCCUCACACACACACACACAAACACAUACUGGGGACAGGGCCGUGUCUGUUUGAGACACUUCCCUGAGGACGACACUGAAACUUGCUUUUGUUCCUGAGAGACACUUUAAUGUGACAGAAGGAGCCAUACACGGUCUGAAUACACUGAACCACUGUGUUGGCAGGUCUUUAAUGAUCAUGUUGUCAUGUUUCACAACAAAGCAAUACUGGAUUCAGCCUCUGUGCUGCCGCAAGAUGUAUCUACCUGUACACUUUGUUUAUAAGAAGCCAGGGACGGGCAUUGGCAUUUUUUGUACAAAUAACAUUGUAUAUAGCUAUAAUCCUGAAUGCACUGUAACAACAUAAGAACAUACAAUUUGAACUGAAUUUUUCUAAGUUUUAAAUAACAGAUUUGGUUGUAUGCUCGCAUACAGACCUUUGAUCUGCAUGGUAUAACUUACUAUAACAGGAGUUUUUUUGUUUUUUUUUAAAUCAAGCCCCAAAAAACAGAGAUAUUUCAAUGUAGAUGCAUCAGCAAACAAAGCUUAAAUCUGCAACAAGACAAACUGCAUAAUCACUUCAGCAGAGCCCUGAAUGCAGCUUUAACUGACUCACUAACACACACACACACACACACACACACGCAGCUUUAAUUUGUGAUGAAUAACAAUGUUUAGGAUUACAACAUACCUCUUCUUAUUGGUUGCCUUGCUAGUAGAUUGCACAAAUGAAAUUCUAAUCAUACUUUGAUUAUACACUAGUGCUUGCACAAUAGAUUCAUGUAUUUUCUAACAAACAGAUAUAACUCCUUUAGACAAAUCCAGUAGUAGCUUAAGGGUAUUUUUGAUUGCUGUCACCUCCAUAGGGACAUGACUUGUUACUAACUCAGGGAACUGAGGUUCGUGGCCUGGGCAUACUGGGAUUACUCGUCCUUCUGCAAGCAGAGAUGAAUUUGUUGCUUUAAUAUAUUUUUUCCCAGUUAUUGUAAUUUCACUGGUUCUUUCAUUUUCAUUCAGAAAUGCUUGUAACGUGCUUAGGGAUAUAAAGUGGAUGCUUGAUUACACCCCGGUGUGCUGACGAUCCCAAAAUACUUGAGCCCUGACACAGCGUUUCCAAAAGCAUUGUUCUUCCUACAGAGACGCCUGGAAUGGCAUUUUUAUAACUAAAACUUUGAAAUAAAAGUCUUCCAACAAUAACCACUGCGUUAUAAAAUAAUU